UCAAAUAAAUAAAUAAAAUCUUAAAAAAAAAAAAAAGAAAUGCAUUAAAAAAAAAAAAGAAGAAGAAGAAGUUUGGAUUCCCUCGGCUCUCCUCCCCGGCUUACCCAGCAGCGCUGCUACUUCUGUCGGUACAGUACCUGGCGACUUGCUCUCUGCGCUCUCCUUUCCUCUUCCGUCAAGUCGCGGCAGCCGGAGUAACUCUCGGGUCGAGCUGUGAUUCGCAGUAAACGAGACGCUACGAGUCCGGAGCUUUGAAAGGGGACGGCACGGGGUAACGGUUGGCCAUUGCUAACAGGAGUUCUCUACCCCGCUCUCUUCUGCCUGGAAGCCGCGGUGCAGGGAGCGGGGCCGAGGCUCUGGGAGCAAUGGCGCGGCCCCUCUGCCAGCCUCCCGGACACCGAGCUCUUCCCGAGCUUUCCACCUGUCUCCUUCAGGAGCCCCGAGCCGCCCGCGCCCGCGCCGGGGGAUGUCCGCUGCAGUUUAUCCGCGGGGCAUUCGCCGUCGUGCUGUCCCACAGCGUCCUGCUCUUCGCGUCCCCUGACUUCGGGAAGGGGAGGAAGGACGGACCUCUGGCUGCAAGAAAAAGGGCCUCCUGGUUCUUUGAAUUUUCCAUCUGCUUGUUUAGUCUGUGGAACAACCUUCUGAGUUAUGUCUUCUCAGGACUCUGACCUUCCCCAGAAAGAGCAGGAGAAAAUGACCAAGUUUCAGGAGGCAGUGACGUUCAAGGACGUGGCGGUGGUCUUCACCGUGGAGGAGCUGGGGCUGCUGGAUUCCACCCAGAGGAAGCUGUACCGAGAUGUGAUGCUGGAGAAUUUCAAGAAUCUGGUCUCAGUGGGACAUCUUCCCUUUAAGCCAGAGAUGGUUUCUCAGUUGGAAGCAGAAGAAGAACUUUGGAUGAUGGAAGGGGAACCCCAAAGAAGUGUGACCAGUGAGGACCACAUGGCUGUUCCUUCAGGCAGCAAGAAUCAAAAUGAGAUGGAGGCCCUUCGAAAAGUUGCACUGAAAUACCUUUCCCAUGAAGAACUAUCCUGCUGGCAAAUUUGGAGACAGGUUGCAAGUGAUUUAACCAGGUGUUUUCAGAGAAAGCGUUUCCAGUUACCACAUGGUGAUUCCAUUCAGGUUUCUGAACAUGAAAAUAGUGUCGUGAAUCAUAAAGGAAAUGGUUCCACUUGCACUGCCAAUCAAGAGUUGUCAGUUUCGAGAACCCAGGACACCUGUGGGAACACAUCCCUGCCUGAGUCACAGAAUCAGAGCGGAGAUCCGCAAGUUCAUGGGAAAAAUAACCGGCAUAUGUGUGAAGCCUUCAUGAAGAGAUCGCUCGUCAGUGAUCAUAGUAACCCUGACACAGAACAGAAACCUUACAAAUUCAACACGUGUGGCAAAAGCACGAGUGACGGCUUCAUUCCUCAUAUAGCCCCAGGAGAGGAAUUCCGUCCAUGUCAUGAGUGCAGAAAGGGCGUUGGGUAUAGCUCGUCGCUUCCACAUCAUCAGAACAUUCGCACGAGAGAGAAAUGCUCUAAUCAGAGCUCUCAUCUGCAGACCCAUCAGAGAAUUCGCCCAAGAGAGAAACUCAACAAACGUCGUGGAUCUGAUGCUUGCUUUAGUAAGAGCUCUUUUCACCAACUUAACCACACGGGGGAGAAAGCCUAUAGAUGUGACAGUUGUGGCAAGGGAUUCAGCAGCAGCACAGGCCUUAUCAUUCAUUACAGGACUCACACUGGAGAGAAACCUUAUAAAUGUGAGGAGUGUGGGAAAUGCUUUAGUCAGAGUUCAAACUUUCAGUGCCACCAGAGGGUCCACACUGAAGAAAAACCAUAUAAAUGUGAAGAGUGUGGUAAGGGCUUUGGUUGGAGUGUUAAUCUUCGCGUUCAUCAGAGGGUCCACAGGGGUGAGAAACCCUAUAAGUGUGAAGAGUGUGGGAAGGGCUUCACUCAGGCUGCACACUACCACAUACAUCAGAGGGUCCACACUGGGGAGAAGCCUUACAAAUGCGACGUCUGCGGUAAGGGCUUCAGCCACAAUUCGCCAUUAAUAUGCCAUCGGAGAGUCCACACUGGAGAGAAACCGUACAAAUGUGAGGUGUGUGGGAAAGGCUUUACCCGCAAUACAGAUCUUCACAUCCACUUCCGAGUUCACACGGGAGAGAAACCCUACAAGUGUAAGGAGUGUGGGAAGGGCUUCAGUCAGUCUUCUAAUCUUCAAGUCCAUCAGAAUGUCCACACAGGGGAGAAACGAUUCAAAUGUGAAACAUGCGGGAAGGGCUUCAGUCAGUCAUCAAAGCUUCAGACCCAUCAGAGAGUCCACACUGGAGAGAAGCCAUACAGAUGUGAUGUGUGUGGUAAGGACUUCAGUUACAGUUCCAAUCUGAAACUGCACCAAGUGAUUCACACUGGAGAAAAACCAUAUAAAUGUGAGGAGUGCGGAAAGGGCUUCAGUUGGCGAUCAAAUCUUCACGCUCAUCAGAGAGUCCACUCUGGAGAGAAACCCUAUAAAUGUGAGGAGUGUGAUAAGAGCUUUAGUCAGGCUAUAGAUUUUCGGGUACAUCAGAGAGUCCACACUGGAGAGAAACCCUAUAAAUGUGGUGUAUGUGGUAAGGGCUUCAGUCAGUCCUCUGGUCUUCAGUCCCAUCAGAGAGUCCACACUGGGGAGAAGCCAUACAAGUGUGACGUCUGUGGAAAGGGUUUUAGAUACAGUUCGCAGUUUAUAUACCAUCAAAGAGGCCACACUGGAGAAAAACCUUAUAAGUGUGAGGAGUGUGGGAAAGGCUUCGGAAGGAGCUUGAACCUUCGCCACCAUCAGAGGGUCCACACAGGAGAGAAACCCCAUAGGUGUGAGGAGUGUGGUAAGGCCUUCAGUCUCCCCUCAAAUCUUAGGGUGCAUUUGAGUGUCCACAUUAGGGAAAAACUGUUUAAAUGUCAGGAGUGUGGUAAGGGCUUCAGUCAGAGUUCACGUCUUCAGGCCCAUCAGAGAGUCCACACUGGAGAAAAACCAUACAAAUGUGAAGUCUGUGGUAAGGACUUCAGUCACCGUUCACGUCUCAUAUACCAUCAGAAGGUCCACACUGGCAGAAAUCGUUAAAAGUGAAGACGUUAAUGGCUUUGGUCAGGAUGCAUAUCGUACGUUUGGAGAGUCUGUGCUAGUAAUAAACUGUCAGGCAUUGAGAGUGGAAAGGGAUUUCUUCAGAUAGAAUCUUUCUAACAAAUCCACUAAAAUGAUGACAUGGAACCAUAAUAAUAGGAAUAGAACUAAUAUUCAGGGCAGGAAUGGCUUGCAGCCCUCUUGGCAAGAUCCAAGUGAUAUAAAUGGUCUUUAAGAGUGAAUAUAUGCUCCACCCCCCAAAAAGUGAAUAUAUGCCUAAGAGUAAGGCGUGAAAAGGAUAUUUGCCAUAUACUAGCUAGUUUGGGAGGGGGUCAGGAAAGUUUUUAGGAUAAUUUCCCCUUUAACUUACAUUUUAUACUUAUUUACAGUGACUUUUAUUUUUACGGAAGCUGUAAAGCUGUGAAAAAUGAAUAAAAUUACUGAUUAAAAUUUCCUGUAACCAAGAA